GCUGGUAGGAUUUAUCUUCAAAGACCAGAAACAUGCACUGUGCCAUCCUAAAGGCGGAAGCAGUGGAUGGGGCUCAUCUGAUGCAGAUCUUCUGGCAUGAUGGGACAGAGUCCCUCUACCCAUCAGUAUGGCUGAGAGACAACUGCCAGUGUUCUGAAUGCUACCUGCACUCUGCAAAAGCUCGGAAACUUCUCCUGGAAGCUCUCGAUGUGAACAUUAGAAUCAAAGACUUGACAUUUGACUGGAAAAAGGUUUAUAUCACAUGGCCCAACGAGCAUUACAGUGAAUUUGAAGCUAAUUGGCUGAAGAAAAGAUGCUUUUCCCAACAGGCCAGAGCAAGACUCCAAGAAGAAUUGUUCUUACCAGAAUGUGAGUACUGGGGCUCAGAGCUUCAGAUGCCUACUAUGAACUUCGAAGAUGUGUUAAAAGAUGAUGAGCAUGCGUACAAAUGGCUCUCCAGCCUCAAGAAAAUAGGCAUUGUGAGACUGGUCGGAGCAGCUGACAAACACGGAGAGAUCACCAAACUUGGAAAAAGGAUUGGCUUCUUGUACCUCACAUUCUAUGGACACACUUGGCAGGUGCAGGACAAGAUUGAUGCCAACAAUGUGGCUUAUACGACUGGGAAGCUCAGCUUCCACACUGACUACCCAGCUCUCCACCAUCCACCUGGGGUUCAGCUUCUGCACUGUAUAAAGCAAACAGUCACAGGAGGUGAUUCUGAAAUUGUAGAUGGGUUUAAUGUAUGCCAAAAGCUCAAGGAGAAGAAUCCUCAGGCAUUCCACAUUCUGUCCUCCACCUUCGUGGAUUUUACAGACAUUGGAGUGGAUUACUGUGAUUUCUCUGUGCAAUCUAAACACAAGAUUAUAGAGUUGGAUGAUAAAGGCCAAGUGAUUCGCAUCAACUUCAACAAUGCAACCAGAGAUACGGUCUUCGAUGUCCCCAUUGAAAGAGUUCAGCCUUUCUAUUCUGCUCUGAAAGAGUUUGUGGACCUCAUGAGCAGCAAAGAAUACAAGUACACUUUCAAGAUGAAUCCAGGUGAUGUGAUUAUCUUUGACAACUGGCGCUUGCUCCAUGGACGUCGUAGCUUUGAGGCAGGAACUGAGAUAUCCCGCCAUCUGGAAGGAGCUUAUGCUGACUGGGAUGUAGUGAUGUCAAGGCUUCGUAUUCUAAGACAGAGGGUGAAGAAUGGGAUCUAAAUUUCCUGACCUUAGAUUUUAGUGCAAGGUCAAUGACUGAAUGUUACUAGUUAUAGCCUGGUUAUUCUCUUAUUGUAAUCAACAUCAUUUACAUGUUAAUUUAAAACUGAACAUGCAAUUUCUCUCAUCAGAGUAUUCUUCCUUGGAAUCACAUUCAAUGUCAACUUGUUAGAUGUCAUGAUAGGGGGCUGUCUUAAAGCAUCCCUUCUAUGGAAUGUGUGUUCGGACUUCCUUUGCUUUCAAGGG